CUGCGGCGCUCCCCAAGUUCCCGUUCGAGGGUCUGAGCUUUGGAGCCGCCGCCUGGACCGGCUCUGACGUCCUGGCCCCAGGCUGAACAGUGAGCGGCUCUGGAGCCUAAAACGGCGCCAAAACGAAGCCCGAGCAUCCUCCCGGGCCUGCGCCUCGGGCUCGGAGACCGGCGGGCGGAGACCGAGCCGAGGCCGCCUUCCUCGCUGGCGACCGUAGCCCUCGGCCUGCGCCAAACUCCGCUCCUAAUAACACCAUCAGGCCCUGUCAGUUAGGAGCAGCGUGUUCUUUGCAUGCAUUCUCAUAAUUAAACCUCCCAACAGCCCUAUAAGGGUAUUGUUAUUCCUAAAUACCACAAAGGAGCAAGUGAAAAUUGGGAGGUUCUAAAAGGCAAGAAAGCCACUUGGGCGCAAUUUUCUGUGGCAUCUCUGGAAUACUACCUGAGAAUUCUUGUGUACCAUGUCAAAGAAACGCAAGUGGGAUGAUGACUAUGUCCGUUACUGGUUCACCUGUGCAACAGAGGCUGAUGGAACUCAACGCCCACAGUGUGUGUUGUGUAACUCAGUGUUUUCAAAUACUGACCUUAGGCCAUCAAAACUGUCAGACCAUUUUAACAGACAGCAUGGUGGUAUAGCUGGACAUGAUCUCAGUGGCCUGAAGCCUGUGCCAACACCAUCUGAUAAGAGAGAAACCUUGAAGGCACUCGGAGUUGCAUCUCAUGAGGAUGCCUUAUUACAAGCAUCGUAUCAGUUUGCAUAUUUAUGUGCCAAAGAGAAGAAUCCUCAUACAAUAGCUGAAAAAUUGGUCAAACCUUGUGCACUGGAAAUAGCCCAAAUAGUUUUGGGACCAGAUGCACAAAAGAAGCUUCAGCAAGUACCUUUAUCAGAUGAUGUGAUCCAUUCUAGAAUUGAUGAAAUGAGCCAGGAUAUCUUACAGCAAGUUCUAGAAGAUAUCAAAGCCAGUCCUCUUAAGGUGGGUAUUCAGCUUGCUGAGACAACUGACAUGGGUGACUGCAGUCAGCUAAUGGCAUUUGUACGAUAUAUAAAAGAAAAAGAGAUCAUAGAAGAAUUCCUGUUCUGUGAACCACUGCAGUUAACCAUGAAAGGAAAAGAUGUGUUCCGCCUCUUCAGGGGCUUCUUUCUGAAGCACAAAAUAGCACUUGAUGUAUGUGGCUCUGUUUGUACUGAUGGUGCCUCCUCUGUGCUAGGAGAAGGUUCAGAAUUUGUUGCCUAUGUGAAAAAAGAGGUACCUCAUAUUGUGGUCACACACUGUCUGUUAAACCCUCAUGCACUUGUCACAAAGACGUUGCCUACAAAACUGAGGGAUGCCCUGUUUACUGUGGUGAGGGUAGUAAAUUUCAUCAAAGGUCGGGCUCCAAACCAUCGCCUGUUUCAAGCUUUCUUCGAAGAAAUUGGCAUAGAAUAUAGCGUCCUCCUUUUCCAUACUGAAAUGAGGUGGCUUUCCCGAGGCCAAAUGCUUACUCAUAUCUUUGAAAUGUAUGAAGAAAUAAAUCAGUUUCUUCACUACCAAAGCAGUAAUUUAAUUGAUGGGUUUGAAGAUAAAGAGUUUAAAGUUCACCUGGCAUACCUUGCAGACUUAUUCAAACACCUAAAUGAACUUAGUGCCUCUCUGCAAAGGACUGGGAUGAACACAGUAUCAGCUAGAGAAAAGUUAUCUGCUUUGGUUAGAAAGUUUCCAUUUUGGCAAAAAAGAAUUGAGAAAAGAAACUUUACAAACUUUCCUUUCCUUGAAGAAAUCACUGUUUCAGAUAAUGAAGGAGUAUGCAUUGCCCCGGACGUCUUGUGGCAUCUCCAGGAGCUGAGCAGCUUCUUCCAUGGAUAUUUUUCUGUUGGAGCUCUUGAUGAGGCAAGUAAAUGGAUACUGGAUCCAUUUCUUUUUAAUCUCGAUUUUGUCGAUGAUGGUUAUUUAAUGAAAAAUGAUCUUGCCGAACUACGAGCUAGUGGCCAAAUCCUCAUGGAAUUUGAGACGAUGAAGCUUGAGGAUUUCUGGUGUGCUCAAUUCACGGUGUUUCCAAACCUGGCAAAGGCAGCUCUAGAAAUCCUCAUGCCAUUUGCAACUACAUACCUUUGUGAGAUGGGCUUUUCAUCACUUUUACAUUUCAAAACAAAGUCUAGAAGUGGCUUUAGUGUGAGUGAUGACAUCCGUGUGGCUAUUUCAAAAAAAGUUCCUCGUUUCUCAGACAUCAUCGAACAAAAGCUGCAGUUGCAGCAAAAGGCACUGUAAGCUUAACACUUUUUUAACGUGUAAUUUUUAAUAUAUUCUUAAUAACUAUUGUAAAAUUAAGCUGUAAUUGUUUUCCUUCCUUUUAUAUUUAUGGUACACUGAAUUCUGUGCUUUAAAAAUUAGCUACUUCAGCUUUCAAUAAGGCAUGUGAAAAUAU